CGUGCUGGCAGCGUGGCAGAAGCCGAGUUGUUGGCACCUUUGGCACAGUUGCUGAUGCCCCAAACCCCGCCCUUAGAGCUUUUUCGGAGCUUCCCAUCACCACCAGGGUGGGCUGGAAACUAUUUGGAGCCGGACUUGGCAGCUCAUGGGGUGUUGAAGGACCCAGAAGCUGCGUUGUUCAUAGAAUAUGAUGGCUACUGGCGGCAUCGGUAAAAGGCAGGUAUUGAGAUGGACCAGUUGAAGAACACAGCUUUGUUAGCAUUUGCCCCUCCAGGCUCCAAAGUGAUUCGCAUCAACCACACUGCUAGCAGACUGGUCAGCUGUGAUGCCAACAUUCUUUGGAUUUGUAUAGAUACUUGGCGUCAAGGUCAAGGGGAUCAGAAUGCUUUUCUUGUCAUCUUCAACUAUCUCUUGGUGCAGACGGCCGAUGGCCUUCAAGAGGAUUUAAACCAGGACAUGUUGAAAAAGCUGCAGUGUCAGCGAGGAAAGGCCACACUACAUGUAGCUGUCGACUCAAAAAUCAUUGUGGAUGCAGCUAUGAAAGCAAAAGGCCGGAACACCAAAGAGGAGAUCUCCUUAUUUUUGCAAAGCCAGGGAUUCACAGUGAACCAUAUUAGCAUGCUACAAGAAAACAAGUUGUUAGCUGGGCAAAGCAUCGACAACAAUCUGAAACCAAAGUUGCAAUGGCUAUCCCAGAUAGGGCUGAGCAAAAGUCAGGUUGCAAAAGCCGUGGCUGUUUUCCCUAAACUUCUUGGAUACCGAAUCGAGCAGAACUUGAAGCCGACCAUCCAGUGGCUGCUAGAUUUGGGUUUGAGCAAGGCACAAGUUGCCAAGGCAGUGGCGUGCAAACCUCAGAUUCUCGGAUAUAGCAUCGAGAAGAACUUGAAGCUGACAGUCCAGUGGCUGCGGGAUUUGGGUUUGACCAAGACUCAAGUUGCCAAGACGGUGGCCCCUCCCCUGCAAUCCUUGGACUUAGCGUCGAGCAGAACUUGAAGCCGACUGUCCAGUGGCUCUUGGAUUUGGGUUUGAGCAAGACUCAAGUUGCCAAGGCAGUGGCCAAGCAACCUCAUAUUUUGGGAUAUAGCAUCGAGCAGAACUUGAAGCCAACGGUCCUGUGGAUGGUGGGUUUGGGAUUGAACAUGACUCAAGUUGCCAAGCGGUUGCUACUUCCCCUGCAAUGUUUGGAUACAGCAUUGAGCAGAACUUGAGGCCAACAGUUGAUUGGCUGUUGGAUUUGGGCUUGAGUAAGACACAAGUUGCCAAGGCAGUGGCCUGCAAACCUCAGGUUCUUGGAUAUAGCAUCGAGCAGAACUUGAAGCCGACAGUCCUGUGGCUGUUGGAUUUGGGUUUGAGCAAGAUUCAGGUUGUCAAGAUUGUUGCCAGCAAACCUCAUGUUUUGGGAUAUAGCAUAGAGCGCAACUUAAAGCCAACAGUCCAGUGGCUGCUGGAUGUGGGGCUCAGUUGUCACCAAGUGGCGAAGGCAGUCGCUACUCAUCCUCCAGUGCUGGGUUACAGUAUCGAGAACAAUUGUAAGCCAAAAUAUAAUUUGCUGUUCGUUGCCUUCGGUCCGGAUUAUUCCGCUCAACUGAUUGCAAGAUUUCCACAAGUUCUGAGCUACAGCCACCACCGGCUUUCCUGGCGUUUAAGUGUUCUAGCAGACCGAAAUGAGACAAUGAAACUGGCAGCUGUGAUGAGUCUUACUCCGGAUGCUUUCCAGAAGCGUUUCC